AGGAAAAAAAACAUCCGGUCGCGAGCGUUGACCGGAUUAGCUUAGUUUAGCUUCACUGCAGCAUCGGUAACAGUAAUGAGAAUCAAGAGUAGACAUGUGUUCUGUCAUGUUGUAUCCAAAGUAGGGAUUCGUCCACCUGGUUUAUAACCGAACAAUAUCAAUCCCCUUGACUUUCCUUCGGUGUGAGGGGUUAAAAUAAGGUGUGAAUGAGUGACGUGGUGCCUCCCACAGCUCUCAGUGAAGUCCAGCUCCGGUUCCUGUGCCACGAUGACAUAGACAGUGUGAAACUGCUCUGUGGUGACUGGUUCCCAAUUGAGUACCCAGACUCAUGGUACCAGGACAUCACCUCCAACAAGAAGUUCUUCUCUCUCGCUGCCACCUUCAGAGGAGGUAUUGUGGGAAUGAUUGUGGCUGAGAUCAAAGGUCGGACCAAAGUACAUAAAGAGGAUGGAGAUGUUCUCGCAUCCAGUUUCCCCGUGGACACACAGGUAGCCUACAUCCUCAGCCUGGGAGUGGUUAAAGAGUUCAGGAAACAUGGCAUAGGCUCCUUACUGCUGGACAGUCUGAAGGAGCACAUUUCGACAACAGCCCAGGACCACUGUAAGGCAAUCUACCUGCAUGUUCUCACCACCAACAACACUGCCAUCCACUUCUACGAGAACAGGGACUUCAAGCAACACCACUACCUGCCCUACUACUACUCCAUACGGGGCGUCCUGAAAGAUGGCUUCACAUAUGUGCUCUACAUCAACGGGGGUCAUCCACCUUGGACAAUAUUUGAUUAUAUCCAUCACAUCGGUUCAACCCUAGCCAACCUGAGCCCCUGCUCCAUCCCGCAGAGGUUGUACCGACAGGCUCAGUCUUUGCUGCGAUCUCUGCUACCGUGGUCCAACAUCGCCUCCAAAACCGGCAUACAAUACAGCCGGACAAUGUGACUCGACAUUGCAGGAAGCCCAAGCGUUCUGUUUCUCUUCCGUCUUCCCUAAUGCAGCUAAACAUUCACACCCUGGGCAUGCUGUGUAGAACACAGAUUGCGGGUUCAACCCGAUUCAUUGCACGCUCCGCACACAUGAAAUGUGGCUCUGCGCAAGCUGGCGCACCCCUAUCAAA